CAAUGAUUCGCACGCAGUUCCUCCUUUCCUCCUCCACUCACUCCUCAUAUCUGUAAUUUCCUCAUACUUUCUCUUCAUUUCUCUAUCAAUUAUCUCAAUCCUACCCUUCACCUCUCGCUCUCAUAUUGUCGAUGGCGGAUAGCUCAUCUCACAGACUAGACCUUCGUGUUGGUGGCAAGUACAGGCUGGGAAAGAAGAUCGGGUCGGGCUCGUUCGGUGACAUUUACUUGGGCGUCAACAUCAUCUCAGGGGAAGAAGUAGCCAUCAAGCUCGAGUCGGUCAAAGCCAAACACCCUCAGCUCGAGUAUGAAUCCAAAGUGUACAAGACGCUCGCCGGCGGUGUUGGCGUUCCCUUCGUUCGUUGGUUCGGAACCGAAUGCGACUACAAUGCAAUGGUCCUCGACCUACUCGGCCCCUCUUUGGAGGAUCUAUUUAAUUUCUGCAAUCGUAAAUUUAGCUUGAAGACUGUCCUCCUCCUUGCGGACCAACUUAUUUCUCGGAUCGAAUACAUCCACUCUCGCAAUUUCAUCCAUCGCGAUAUCAAACCUGACAACUUCUUGAUGGGCAUAGGAAAGCGUGGGAACCAAGUCAAUGUCAUCGAUUUCGGUCUCGCGAAGAAGUUCAGAGACCCCAAGACGCACCUCCAUAUCCCUUACAGGGAGAACAAGAACCUGACCGGUACCGCUCGUUACACCUCUAUCAAUACUCACCUUGGUGUUGAGCAGGCUCGCCGCGACGAUCUCGAGUCUCUUGCUUAUGUCCUCAUGUACUUUCUCCGCGGAGCUCUCCCAUGGCAAGGUCUCAAGGCUGCUACUAAGAAGCAGAAGUACGACCGUAUCAUGGAGAAGAAGAUGACCACUCCCACGGAUCUACUGUGCCGAGGAUUCCCCAAUGAAUUUGGAAUCUUCCUCAACUACACCCGUGCCUUGCGCUUCGAUGACAAGCCCGACUAUUCGUAUCUCCGUAAACUCUUCCGUGACCUCUUCGUCCGUGAAGGUUACCAAUAUGAUUACGUCUUUGACUGGAGUGUUCAGCGAACUCAGGACGACCAAGGUGGUAGCAAGACAGCCACCGGCAGGCGUAAAGUUGUACAGGAGGAAGAUGAACAUCGUCAGAGCGACAGGAUGUUGCGCUCUCACACUCGCCAGGCUCAGCAAGCUGCUCCUGGUGCCGUUGGCCAGCAGAGAGGUGCACGUGCACGCGAAACUGAGCUGUGGUAAACAACGUUCCACCUCUUGGUCCUGGUUUUUCGCACUUCCGGGGUGUAUGUUCUGGGCAAUAUGGGGGUGGAGGGAAGGUGUUAGGUUAUUGCCCAGUCUAGGUCCGGUGUUAGCGUUGCUGUUUUCUUUUGCUGUUCAGGUUCAACAACCAGAGGAGGUCGGAGAAGGUCGAGGUCUAGAGGUUCAGUAUGCUGUCAACCCUAAGAAAUGGGCACGCCAAGGUUUUCCUGCACACAAAAAAAACAAAGGAGCUUGCCAUUUUGUCAGUCUGAGUGUAUGCCUCCUUUUCCCUAAACUCCUCCGACCAACCCAAACUUCAUAUUCAUUGCUUGUCACCGCCGAUCACAUUCUUGAUGUUGACGCUCAAGACGUCACCCUUACCGCUAUCAAUCCCUCUCCCAAAUCGGCUUAACGUCUUGCAAAUGAAGUCUCUUUUUAAACUUUAUUUUUUCAACAUACGGACGCUUUUUCUUUUCACGCUGGAAAUAACGGUAUACGUCCUGAUCUUCGGAGAGGGAUGGAAUCUAUCUAGCCGCCUCGUUUCCUUCUCCACAUUCAUAUUAUCAUCAUUCUUCAUGCUGCCAUUGUUCAUCAGUCACUUUGCGCCCGUAUCUCACUCCUGUAAAGUCUCGUUUUACCCCCAUCCCCACCCUUCUUCUACACAAUCCUGAAGUUGUGUGCUAUACAUCCUACAAACAUCAAGGAACAUUACAUCACUUUCUGCCUUUUUUUUCUUUACGACCCGCAUACUAUCUAAUAUUUCCCCUUUUUCCAUGUCGCUGGGUUCUGGACAUCUUUUCCACCAUUCCCCACCCCUCCUCUUCCCUUAUCUAUUUGGUCGCGCGCGAUUUGUCAAAGGUCCUUUCACUCACCACCUCUGAGAAAGAGGGCGUGUGGGUGGGAGAGGGCUUCGCGGUUUCCAAGGUUCGGCAGGUUGAUCGUUGAUGGUUUUCGCACAGUUGGGUUCUACUUGUUAAGGGUGGUUGGGAGGGAAGUAGAUCGUACAUUUGUGUGAUGGUUGGGAGGUUGGGGAGUUCUUGGUCGAGGAAGUGAAAAACAUACUCAUAGUCUACAUAGAUACAUUCUUCACGCUUGUUUGAAGCCCAAAUAAAUCUCGAUAGUUGUCGCUGUGUUAUUCCGGUUUGCCAAUUCA